CAUGAAUGUAAGGCCGAGAGUAGCAAAAAGAGUGUUGUUGGCAUACAGUAAAGUGUUCAAAUAUCUCUCUUUUGUUAAACAAAAAUCCAGAAUGACCGGACACGAUCUUUACAGGUCACCUAUCGCAAAACUAGGAAAGACCACUGCGAGAAACUCAACAAAAAUCUCUGUCGUCACUUCCACUCGAUGACUUGAUGAUGAAUCCCACGGAAUCUUGAACCGGUUUAUAUGCAGUCUAUUGCGAUGUAUUUAUUUUUCGUUUUUACCCAUUAGCCGCCAUUUCCAAAGAUCCCAACUUCAGCAUUCUCAUGUAAAUAGUAACAAAGUGGGCCCUCAAGAAAAAUGCAAAAUUGGAAGAGUUCGUAUUUAUAUUUACUAGUUGAUUCUCAUCCAUUCACAGGGCCACCCUUUGAGUCCACCCAAAGGGAUUAAAGAUUCCAUUUUUAGGGCAAAAUUGUUUCUUUUUCUGUUUUGCCUUUUUUGUUUUUGGUUUCUAAAAUUUCGAAUCUGUAUUUUCUCUGAUGUGUGUGCGUCUACAUAGUAUCGAAGGAUGUUCCCUAUUUCUUCUUCUUCUGGUUUGUCUUAUAAAAGCAGUUGUGUAUUUUAAGGGGUUGUUUGUUUGUCACUUAUUUGGGCUCAUUUGUUGUUUGCGGUGAUGUGUAGUUAUAACCUCAUCAUUGGUUCCAACAACACUCUUUUCUCAAAAGCUCUUGGAGAUUCUUGAUGUGUUCUUUAGUUAAUCUAUUACAGUGUUGGAUUUUGUUUUGUUUUGUUGUGUUUUCUUUUUCCUUUUUUGGGUGAAUUUUUAGGAUUCAGUGUUUAGUUCCUUAUACUGAUCUAAUCACCUGGCAGUUGAAUUUCAGAAUAAUAAUGGCUUGAGAAAUUGGACUAUUGUGCUUGAUCCAGGCCAUCUUUCCUUUAAAUACCUUUGCCUUUGUCAGUUUCAACUUUUGCCUUAAAAUUCAUUAUACUGUGAGUUGGGCAAUUGAGAAAGCAGGAAAGUUUGAUAUGUUGGGCUCUGGUAUGAAUCUGAUCACAACAAUUAUUGGGUUUGGAAUGAGUGCAACAUUCAUUGUUUUCGUAUGCACUCGGCUCAUUUACGGGAGGCUUCGGAGGAUGGAGACUCAACUGAUGAUAGAGAAUGACUUGAGGAUUGAUCUUGAGCUGCCAGAGCACAGGAUUACUGGUCUUGAACCAGUAGCAGUUAAUGCGAUCCCCACGCUCAAAUUCAAUCGUGAAGCAUUUAGUUCAUUUGAAGAUCCACAGUGUACAAUAUGUUUGUCAGAGUACCAAGACAAAGAAGUAUUGCGAAUCAUGCCCAAAUGUGGCCACAGCUUUCAUAUAUCAUGCAUUGACGUGUGGCUCAGAAAACACGCCACAUGCCCUGUUUGCCGUCUAUCACUUCAGGACUCAGACGAGAGGAAAAACGUGCAGACGGCUGCACAAUCUUUAGAUAGUCCUGAGGCCUCAUUCGAGCAUUCUAGGCAGACACCUUCUGACUCGAUUUCUGUUGAUUUGGACCCGGUUGUUUCAAGAGAUGCAAUUUUGAUGUCAUGAUGGGAGUGAAAAUUUGAUCCUUUGUGUUUUUGGAUAAUACAUAAUCUAUCUUGAGGUUUGGGUAGAUAUUUACCUAUCUAUAUAUGUAUGGCAUUUUUUAGAUUUAAGGGAGACAAGUUUGAUUGUCUGAUUAUAUUCUCCUCAUUUAUUGGGAAAAGAUGUCAUGGAAACCCCUUUACAUAAAUAUAAUAAUGCUG